UCAGUGUGCCGUCCGCCGUCGGUCGAGGAUCUCGUGUUGUUGUGAACCACGUUUCUCUCUCGUUUUCUAUCCCAUUUAAGUAUUUUCUUUCGAAAGUAUAGUGUGAAUAAUCUUGUCUCGUCAAUGUCAAAGAAGGGAUGAGAAAGAAAAAAAAUUGACUGUAAUCGGCGCCUCGAUCGACAACUUCUCCGUAUAAUCCGUACCGAUCAAUUCUUUCGCGACUUCGCACGUGUGCCGCACCAGAUACGAGUUUUGCCUUUCUUUUAUCUUUUGAUUUUUAAGUAAUUAGGAAGAAUAAAAAGACAACGAAGAAGGAACGGUGGUAACGGAAAAUAGAAAAAUGUUGAUUUAUCUCCUGGAUUUGGAUUUUAUGGAUGAUCUUAAAAACGGAAAACGAUCGGGUUGAAAUGUACGAAUAUCGAGACUCUAGAAUGGAUUAUCGGUAUUUGGAUUAGCAGAGGAGCUCGUCGAAGCUUGUCGAAGCUCAAUUCUUCCGGAGGUGGUAAUAUAAAAAGGAGGAAAAGAGUAGGAGGAAAACGAUCGAUGAGGACACAUCCAUACUGGCGUCCCUCAUACGUCCUACUCUUUCUUCGGAUACCAAAGGAGCCUCGAAUAUCGCGGCUAUUACGCGCGAGUGUUGUUCACGAGGGUCUUCAACCCCUUCCUUGACUCCCUCGUGCGUUCACCAGCACCCUAGACACUUUCUGACCUACCGUUUGCUUCGAGUGGGCCGUCCAUGAACCGAAAAUAGUCACUGAAGACCUUUUCCCGUCCCCACGACCCUUCUUCUAACCCUAUGUGCUGUGUUUGUGGAUGUACGUACGUUCGUGUGUGCCGUCGUUGUCGCUUUGCUACUCAUCACUUUUUCCCUGUCUCUCUCUUUCUCUCUUUCUCUCUUUCUCUCUCUCUUUCUCUCUGUCGUACACGAGCACUUUUAUUCGGGACAACGAUAAGCUCUGUGCAUCGACUGGGAUGACCCAAAUCGAUGAAGAUAUUUUAUAUCGUCGCAUUCUGUACUCCUCACGGUGUCGGGCCUAAAGGCGAAGAUCGUAUUGACCGGUCGCCCUCUCUCUCUCUCUCUCUCUCCCUCCCUCCCUCUCUCUCUAUCUAUCUCUAUCUCUUCUUCUUCGUUUUAUUCCUUCAUUUACACAUAUCCACAUAUAUGUAUGUAUACUGCCAGAUAUUAAUAUGGCGUAUCACUUUGGGAAAGCGUAGAAUUUGUCACAAGUAAAGAGAGAAAUUCAUAUUAAUCCAACGAUUCGUCUAAAAAUUUCGUCGAACAAAAGUCCAUCGAAUAAUAAAACGAUAACGAUUAUCGAAGAUACGUGAAAAUUUUGUGGGUGAUGCUUCGAGUGGAUUCAAAAUGCAUCACGUUGAUCUGUUUAAAAUGCGUAAUCGAAUUGUUAAAGAGAGAGACGCUUUGAGAUCGUGCUAAUCAUCAAUCACGAUCAAGAUAUUGAAGAAAUUAUCUAUUCUGUAAAAGAAGAGAUCGCAAAAGCAGAUAGUAAGGAAGCAAGAAGAAAAAAAAAGAAAGGAGGGAAGCUAAGAGACGAGGAAGAUUUAUGUUCUAGAUCGCUUGGAAACUGGAUAAAACGUGGUAAAGGAGAAGAAAUACGUGCUCGAGCUCUCUCGUAUACUUAAGGUCAAGGGUGUGAGAGCUUUAAUUAGUAUUUAAUUAAAGGCAAAAAACAUAUGUACGAGCGAAUGGAUAUAGAAGGAACGGGAAGCCUCAUCAGCGACAGCCACAGCUGCCGCAUGGUCCCCGUUAAUACGUUGGUAAAUUAAUCGAACGAAUAGAACGAAAUCGACGAUAUACUUCAGAUAGAAAAAGUUCUUGACAUUAAUCGCAUCAUCGUUUGGUGAUCUAGAAAAGUUGGCAAUUUCGAUUUGUUUGAAUUCGCUUCGAGUUUCGCUGGAAAUUCUAUCAGAAAAGUAGGGAAGAUGCUUCCGAUGCGCAAACGAAGACGGUGACGUCAUUCAAAACUCUUCGUUCUCUUUUCUCUUUCACGAAGUAAUGAUCUUAGAGAGAUCGGUUGAUCUUUGCGCGAGCAAAGGAAGUUCGGGAGAAACUGUUUGUCUUCUUUACGUGGUGCGUCAUGCAAUUGCUGUUAUCCGGGAAAGCGAGGAAUCGAGACGACGAAAGCUGACAUUUAAGUCGUUUAAGUGGAUGUCUCUUUAGUUGGAUUUACAACGUCUUCUUGUGCUUUUUCUAUCCGGGAAAGCUUAACCGCGUCUAGUUUUCGCGACGAGGAUUACGAGGAAUACAGAAAGAACAUGUGGAGUAUAGUGCUGUUCCUUGGACUAACCGAAGCUCUUUUCUACGUCGCCGGGAACUCCUUCAGCUCGGAUGAGAAAUUAGUUCCAUUGGUCAACAUCAGUGUUGUGGAAGGAAAACCAGCGGAAUUACCAUGCGAUAUUACUCCUCCGGGAGAGGACACCUUACACAUGGUUUUCUGGUUUAAAGACGAAGCUGGUGUGCCACUCUAUACAAUCGACGCCCGAGAAAAGCCAGUGACCAAAGCGCAACAUUCCUCGGAUUCAGGAGUAUUUGGUCCACGAGCUUACUUUCGAACUGCCUUUCCCAGACCCGCAGUUCUCGUGAUCGAUGAUAUAAAGAGGCACGAUGCGGCAACAUAUAGAUGUAGAGUCGAUUUUCGAAAAGGCCAGACGCGAAGUUUCCGUUACAAUCUCACCGUCAUCGUUCCACCAGAGCAACCGACCAUUUUGGAUCGUUGGGGUCGUAUUUUGAAUGGGACGGCAGGACCAUACGAAGAGGGUGAUACUCCCUAUCUCACCUGUCGCGUAACAGGCGGUAAACCCGAGCCUAUGGUUAGAUGGCUUAUUAAUGGACACAUCAAAGAUGAGGAAUACGAGAAUAAUGCGGGAGACGUCAUUGAGAAUAGGUUAACGUUGCAGCCUAUUACUCGAUCGGAACUUGGCGCUAACUUUACUUGUGAAGCACACAAUACGGAUCUAGUAGAACCUAAGUUAACUUCUAUCACGUUGGACCUCAAUCUGAAACCUUUAACCGUGGCCUUACGAAGACACGGAAAAAAGGAUAUCGGUAACGAGUCUUUACUAGCAGGAAGGCACUAUGGAAUGGAAUGCGAGACCACCGGUUCAAGACCACCGGCAGUAAUUACAUGGUACAAAGGCCGGAGAAGACAGUUGAAGCAUACGAAGGAAGAGAGGAGCGAAAAUCGUACGUUGAGCCUGGUGGAAUUCGAACCAGGUGUGGAAGAUCAUGGAAAAUCAAUAACCUGCAGGGCAGAAAAUCCAAAUGUAACGGGACUCUUUCUUGAAAAGUCAUGGAAGAUUGACGUUGUAUAUCCUCCGAUCGUUUCAUUAAAUCUCGGAUCAACCCUUAGUCCGGAGGAUAUUAAAGAAGGCGACGACGUUUAUUUCGAGUGCCAUAUUAGAGCCAAUCCAUCCUGGUCAAAGUUAACAUGGAUACACGACAACCAGAUCCUGGCGCACAAUACAUCGGCAAGAAUCAUCUGGUCGAAUCAGAGCCUCGUCCUGCAGAGCGUUACAAGGAGCAGCGCUGGUCGUUACGUAUGCGCUGCGACAAAUGCCCUCAACGAAACGAGAAGUGAGCCUCUACAUUUUCGCGUUAAGUUCGCACCGGUGUGUAAGGACGACAGGAUCAUAGUGGUAGGCGCAUCAAGAGGCGAAUCGUUGGACAUUGCUUGCAGGGUUGAAGCCGAUCCACCAGCUCAUAAUUUUCGCUGGAAGUUCAAUAAUAGCGGCGAGACCCUGGAGGUCGCACCUGGAAAGUUCUCAAUGGAGAAGUCGAGUGGCGUUAGCGUAUUGAAGUAUACACCGUCUACUGAACUGGAUUAUGGAACACUCUCCUGCUGGGCGGACAAUCUCGUCGGUACCCAGGCGAGGCCAUGUCUCUUCCAGUUGGUAGCUGCUGGAAAACCAUUUCCCGUUCGAAAUUGCACAUUGGCCAAUCAGACGUAUACAAGCGUGGAAGUGAAAUGCGUGCCCGGAUACGAUGGUGGUCUGACGCAGAAAUUUGUGUUGGAGGUCUAUCAUGGCGAUAUUGACUUCCUGUCGAGCAUCCAGCCUCUCUAUAACGUUUCCAACAUCGAGGAGCCAUCCUUCGCGCUUUCGGGUCUGGAAGCGUCGGUCGAGGCUGGCGUACACGUCGCGGUUUAUGCCGUAAAUGCCAAAGGUCGAAGUCAGCCUGCUAUUCUCACUGAAGUUACGUAUCGAGAUGCCGAGAAACGUACUGGACAAGACGCGGGAAUCGUUCUGUCGCCGCUAAUUGGCGUGGUUGUUGGCACUUUGGUAACCCUCGUUCUGAUCAUUCUUGUGGUGGUCGUACGGGUGAGAAGGGAACGCAUCUCAAAACCGCGACACGAGAAGCCGGCCGAACUUAGCGAACUACCAGCACAACAAUAUCCAAUGCAGAAUCUUCAACAGACCGUAGAGACCGACCCUGACGUUAUACCGAACAAGUUUGAAGGUAAUCUCGUCGAAGUCAGUCCACCGAGUUAUCCAGCUGGCUAUCCCCCGGGACAUUGGGUCACGCCCGGACCUACACCAAGUAUAGACGAGCUUUGCCACAAGUUUAGCGGUAGACCAACGGAGCUGAGGUUACCGUCGAGAAGUACAAUACCCGCGCUCCCAAAUAUGCCAAUGACGGGAGUCGGAGUGAUGGUUGGUACUGGACAGGGCAUCGUCGUUGGUGGUGGCAUCACCGGUAUCAACACGCAAGGUGUGGUAGUAGGUGGAGGUCAAGGAGUCGUCGUGGCAGGCGAAUGUCUUGACGGCGAGGCUAUCAAACGUCGACUCAUGGCCAACAGGCUUCCUGAGAGCUGCGUCUAGACCGAACGCGGAAAAGAUCGAGAAAAAAGUCAAUGAUGAAACUAGAGAGAGAGAGAGAGAGAGAGAAAGAGAGAGAGAGAGAGAGAGAGAGAAAGAGAGAGAGAGAGAGAGAGAAAAGAUAUUAUUUGUCCGUGUAUCGCUAAGAAAACCGCAAUGGAAAAGAAAAGACUCGAUCCGCCCCAAUUGUUUUCAAAAUACCUUCUCUCUAUAGCCAAAGAAAUCUCUUACGAAGGGAAAAGAAGAAAGACAUUGAAUGGAAAGAGAGUCGCAAGCUUGCUGAAACUUUCUUCAAGAGUUUCUGCGAACGUCCUCCUCCUAUCUUCGAAAGACGCUGGGAAGUUCCUUCCUUCUGUUUUCCCUCCUAGAUGUAACUUUCCUCCUCCGUUUCUCUCUAGUUCUCUUUAUCUUCUACCUCUUCUCUUUAUCUAUUUCUCAUUCUCUUUCCUUUCGCUCGAGCAACUUUGUAAAACCGAUGAUCUUCGAUAGCAACAUUUUUAAUAUCUAUCUACGAUAGUUCCAUGAUUUAUCCAUAGUAAUUAAAUUUUUCCAAAUGUCUUUAAUAAAUGAAAUAAACGCCGGAAGCAAUACUUUGGCCUCACGAAGAGGUAGGAUAGAUUGUAACAAGAAAAAAAAAAAAAAAAAGAAAAGAAAAAAAAAUAUUUCCUCAUAUUAUUUCUCCAAUCGCUGAAUCAACGGUCGUCACAUUUCAUUUUUUUUUUCUUCUUCUUUCUUUUUCCUUUUUUUUCCUUUUUUUAUUUUUUAUCGAUCCUUCCCAUCUUGGAAGGCGAGAGACGUAAAUGUAGCUACGUGUAAGCCUACCAAUCACGUUGUCGAGGCCUGGAAGCAUCAGACCACGAAAUGCGAGAAAAGAUAAAAGGCUCUCGAACGACCCCCUUUCUGGUGGCUCGAAUGAAGAUGGAUGAAGGAAGCGCGUAAAGAUAUACGUUGGAAAGGAGAGUGAGAGAACAAGAAAAGGAAAGAAAACGAAAUGAAUCGAGAGAUAGGGUGAAAAAGAAGGAAAGAGCUAAAAGGUAGAGGGGACGCCGAACAGAAACGAAGAAUAUCCCGAUGUUACUCCGAUGUGCGCUUUUAAGAGCAUGGAACACAAUUUUAAGGUCAAGCGAUCAAUUUCGAUAUAGAAGAAAUCUACUUUGUAAGGUUUCCAUUUAUAAACCUCAAUUCUUAUGAGCCUCCCUCGAAUAUGUCAGGGAUUCUUUCUUUUUUUCUUUUUUCUUUUUUUUUUUUCUUUUUUUUUUUUUAUUCCGAAAUUAACAUCCUUGAAAAAUUCUUUUCGUCGUCGUUGUAUCCCUCUCUGGUUUUUAAUUCGUGAACUCCCAUUGAUAUUUAAACAGAAAGAGAAACGAAAGAAAGAGAGAAAGAAAAAAAGAAAAAAGAAAAAAAAAAGAGAAAAAAAGAAAAAAUCGUUCGAUCGAGAGUCUCCGCAUCUUUUUAAUAAUAAAUUAAAGUGCUUCUCUCUGCUAUUUCAAACGAUUGUUUUCAUUAAAGAAAAUAGGAAACGAUAUUUAAAACAUCAAUGAUACGAUCAGAGAAAUUAGCGAAGAUUGCGUUCGAAUAAGAGAAAAAGAAAAGAAAAAAAAAAGAAAAAGCCGUGAGAACGAUAAAUCAUACGGGGCAGUGCAUCGUUAGAAAUUUUUUUGGUAAAUUAGAUCUCUCAUAUACCCAGAAAAGCAAUGAAACAAAUGGUGUUAGAACGCUCUAUCCGACAAUAAAGUAUGUACCCGAGGGAGAUAGAAAGUUUACGAAUAAGAUUGGUGUAACGUGCUCUUCCCAAAGCAUCGAAAAUUAUUUCCAGUGCGCUUGACGGGUUAGACACGGAAAGGUCUUCGUAUUUUUAUCAAUGUAAAAAGUAAAUGUUUCUAAGUGUGAAAAUACCAUCGACUUAAAAAAAAAAAAGUGAAUAAUUCGAUAGCCAAAAGACAGAAAAUAACUUAUAUAUCAUACUAUAUCACAGAUCAAUAAUAAUUUAAAAAAAAAAAAAAAAGAAAAAAAAAAGAAAAAGGAAAAAAAAAAGAAAAAGGAGAAAAAGGAAGAAGCGUGAGUAAAUGCUAACAGAUAAAAAGAUUGUUACUUAUUAAAAAAAUUUCGUUACUAUCGUCGAGUGACCUUUACCCACGUAAAGCGCAUGGUAUGUACACGCACUUUGAUCACAUUGUAGCUGUGAUAUAUACCUAAAUUAUAUGCGCGUGAGUUUUUUCUACUACUAUCAUGUUUUGUAUCGCGAUCGAUGAUCUUUUCAUCCAAAAAAUACAUAUAAACGUACAUACAUACAAAUAUACAUGCGUCUCCUACCUCAUCAGACAAACCGCAUUUUAAUUUCUAUUAUAAAAAAGCUCUUACGCACGAUGAUUGGACGAAAUUUUAAUAGUCUGAUUAUUCCUCGUGUACAUAUAAUAACAUAGAUACAUAGGUAGGGCGAUCAUUUUAACCAAUCCAUAAUCGUUUGUGAAUUUUGUAUCCCAUAUCUAAUUGCCUCGAUGAAUUUAUUUAAUUUUCUUAGAAAGCAACAUGAAAAUAUACAUUUAAGAUUCAUAUAUCUGCAUAAACGAAUAGCAGAAAAAUGAUUUAAGGAAAAGAAGAAGAAGGCUCGGAAGGGCAUUUAUCCUCAAGUGAAAAAUUCAAUUUAUAAGGUCACAAAUAUCGGGCUUCCACGUGAUAUUUUGCGACGGAACCAUGGAAGAUUCUUGGCAGCAGUAAGCGAAUGAAAAUAUGACGAAAUAUAAUCGUAGGCGAAUGAAGUGACAUGAAUUUAAUCUGUCUAAGACUCUCGCUCAAAGUGAUUAUAAAUCUUAAUGUGUAAAAAUAAUUUAUUGGAAGAUUGAGAGAGAGAGAGAGAGAGAGAGAGAGAGAGAGAGAGAGAUAGAAAGAAUAGAAAAUAGAAGAUAUUGAUUUCUCGUGAGAAUGAUAACAACGAGAAGAAAUUAUAAGUGCGUUGGGCGGAAUUUCGAGUGUCUGUUUCUAUGUAUAAAACAAAAGUAAAAAUCGUAUGAUCGUUACUCGUUAGCUGAUGUUGUGUCGCUGUAUAUAUUACCGUUAAAUCGAUUUACGUACUGUAAAUUUAAGUUCGAAAGUGAUCGUGUCGAACAUCGUUGUACCUCCAUAAGCAUCGGCUAUAAUUUAAGCAAGUUCUUAUCAAAUAAGUAGUUGGCCAACAAUUUCAUAGACAAAGAGAAUUACACGUAUAUAUUUACUAUACGUACAACUAUCCAUCUUGCGUCUGUAAACUUUGGCGAUACAGAAACUACGAAUCACUUUCCCAGCAUUAGAUAAAUUUUGGCCUUGUUUUAGCAUACAACUACGGUCACAAAUUUCCUUUCAAAGUGGACAAUAAAACUCGGGUGGUAUUAGUCGAAAACAAUAUCAACAUCUUGUAAACGAUUAUCGAUUCAUAUCAUUAUGAACAUUUGACUAUACAUAUCUGAUUCUCGUCGAUCGUCGUCCAUAAAAAUUUAUUAUGUAAAAAAAAAAAAAAAUCGACGCGGAGAUUUAUAAUUAACAUAUCCUUUAUUAUACAACACGACCGAAAUUUCGUAAACCUAUAUCGAUUGGAUAUAAUAUUCCUACAAUUUUCACUGCGAAAUCAAAAUAUAAAGGUUCUAAAAUAUUUGCAAUUUUAAGGCUAUAAUUCUCUUUCACCGUGACUACCUUUUCUUGAUCGGCAAAUGCAUUUUAACCGAUCACGAUAUGAGAUCAAAUUCAAAAAUGAAAAUAUAAUUGAAUGAUUGAUGAUAGUAGGGAAUAAUAAUUGUACAUAAUUCAAUACUCUUGUGAGGAAAAAAGUCCAUGUAAAUCGACGAACAACCACGUUUUAAGUUCACUGUAUAGGUGAUUUCAUAUCAAAACUCCAUCAUAUCGUCAACUAACUCGUAUGUAUAUAUAUUACAUAAAAUUUCGAUCUGAAUAAACUGUUUAACUGUCCAAA